AUGUGUAACAUGGAAACCAGACAAUUGAAGCGAAACAUAAAAGCCCUGCUUGGUCAUUAUAUUGGGCAAAAGCUCAGAGAAAAUGGCUUUGACCCCAAGGGGAAAUUAUCUUCUUCAAUGCUGGAUGAUCUGGCUCAUUAUGACUUAGCCAUAAGUGUAGCCUUAUGGUGGAUUAAUGAGAAAAAGGGAGCAGAUGUGAAUGAACUUAUGGGAGCCAUCAGUGCCAGCCACAAUCACUGUAUUAAUCAACUGGAAAGAGAGGCAAUGAUCCUCUCAACCUUUGCAGGGAUGCUACUGAAUAGCUUACCUGUAAAUGAGAUCCUGUCGCUGUAUAGCUGCAAGCCAUCUGCCUCCUGCCCUCAUCCAGGCACUAAAAGCAACAUCGUUCAUCCUUUCCCCUUGUCCUAUCACCCAUUUGCCAUGCUCAGUGCAUUUAAGGCAGUAGACCAUUCAAGAAAACACACUCAGUUCCUGAAAAGGUGGAAUACCCUACGCGAUAAAGAAGCAUCAGCAGGGCUGGAGAAGCAGAAUGUGUCCACCCCAACCCCCUCUUCUUUAACUUCUUUUAGUGACAGUGACAGUUCAUUGAAAGAACAAACAAAGCACUGUGAAGAUUCUGAGGAAUCACAGCAGGACUGAAUUCUUCUCAUCCCGCAAGCAGUUUUAAUAAUAUUCUGUUACUGUUGUUGCUAUCUUUUAGUUUAUAUUUUUACCUUAGAAACAAUUGAUGUUUACCUUUAAAAACACUUACUUGUA